AUGAGAGGUGCAGGCCGCGGGCGCCACGAUCGCACCCUGUAUCUCCUCGGGUGGCUCGUGCUAGCCGGGGCCUUCUUCGCGCUGCGAGUGCCGAGUCUCCGCAGUCUCGGCUUCCCUCCGGGUUUCCCGUUCUUGCGACAUAACCUUCGCGACAAUGGGAGCGUUAGAAGCUCCACGACCGCCAUCUCCGACAACCCUUUAGAGGACCGUCGCGUCUCCAUGUCCAAAGCUCGGGUGUAUGCCGACGUCAACGUCCUCCGCCCCAAGGAAUAUUGGGACUACGAAUCGCUCACCUUGCAGUGGGGGUAAAUGGUUAAGAAUCCCGACCGUAAAUUGUUAUCCAAAACUCCAGCACUAUUUAUUUCGUUUACAUUUUGUUUCAUUGUAUUUCUCACUUAUUCUGUUUGAUCGGGGUGGGACAGAUGGGGUUCACAUUGUUUACGUAAAGCUUCGAGGUGAGAAAAUAGGAUGUGCGUGUUGUGAAUCGAAAACUUUUACAUGUGUGAGUGAGAAAGAGAGGGAAUGACAGUGACGAUACUACUGUCGACAUCUUCUUCUUUGCCCUAUUUGGAAAAUACUGUGAAGAUCUCCUCGUACCCGAUUGUGGCUUGGAAAUUUGACAUGAAGAGCGAUACAUAAGAACUGAGGUAAUCAUUACCGUCGAUGGAGAAGUUUAAGUCGUAUCAUCCACUUUUGGGAUGCUUCUGUGGCUCAUUAGUUGUUGUGGAUUCACAAAGUAUUGAUUCCACUGUACUAUUAAUGAUCUGUCCCGUAGUUUAUUCGUGGCCAAGGUAAAGGAUGACCAAUAGCAGUUCCUCUCUAUAUUUUUUAAAUUUAUUUUUGGUUGUAACUCAUUGAAGUAAUCGAUAUUCCUGACUUUUUGGUGAAAUUCCAAUGGUGUUCUUUCAUAUUGUGUCCCUUGAUGUUUCUUGAUACACUCUCUUGUCAGUACGUUCAUGGGCGAUCAAGAGGAUGACAAUUUUGUGAGAGUAGAAAAGGGAAAAUUCCCCACACACUUACCAGGAAGCACUCGUGUUGCCUAAUCGUUAGGAGACCAUCCAACUGGGAUCUUUUGCACUAGAAUUGCCCUCAAAAUGUCCUCAGUGAAUGCAGUGCUGGACGAGGGAAAUUCCAUCAGUGUUGGAUGUUUGCCUUAAUCAUCAGAAUCUCCCAUUCUAAUGAAAGAAUCAGGUGUCACCAAGUGGUUUGAAGGCAUGAAAUUUACUUUUCUAACUAUAGUCUAUCUCCAAAACUUUUACAUUAGUAUGUAAUCGCUUUUGUAGUAUAUAGGGUUUGGCGUAAUUAGUUGUACUCAGGAAAUGUGAUUAUUUACUCUGGAAAAAUGGACGGUCUAAGUUCAAACAGAUUAUUAAUCAUGACUUAAGGAUCGACAUAAUUUGGAAGCGUAUGGCCAUAUUACUUCAGUUUUUAUUCUACAACUGGAAAUUGAAUAUUUGGGGUAGAUAUCGUCGAAUGAGUUCUGGCAGAAAACGAGCAGAAAAGGAUUGUACUCAAAACAAGCAUAGGAGUUUGAGGACUGAUUAAUGAAACUAAUUGAACAUAUUCAUAUGUCUACUGUAACAGGACAAGGGAGAUUUGGAAAUUGCAAAGUGCCAUUGCAUGCCAGCGUCAAGCUUUUGAACCAGCGAGCUAUUGAGCUGGGAAAUGAAUGAUCAUCAUUGUACAGCCUCUGGUUGAUUGCGGGACAGAAAGCACUGUGGAUAAAUUUGCAUUCCUGAUUAAGAAGCUGCACAUUUCAUCUGUUUGAUAUCAUGCGUUGGACAAGGGACGGAUUAUUUGUUGAAAACAGGUGGAAGGUGUUAUUUAAGAAAGAAAUAUGUGCCUGUCAGAGUUUGUGGUUGCCUUUUUUUUCGAUUUCUGGGAAUUUAACUGGUCAUCUGGCUAUUGUUUUCUGUUAGGUCGUAUCUUUUCCUUCCGGUCUCAUGUCCUACCAAAUUAGACAUCGUUUCUAUCCUCCUACAUUGUUUAUUUUGUUUACCUUAAAAUGAACAUGUUGUCAUGAUUCAUGGUAUACAUUGAAGAUGAAUGAUUCCUAGUUCACACAGUUUAAUAGGUCAGCUGUCGUAAUUUUUUAUCCAGUAAAAUGCCCGACGUGUGGUAUGUAAAAUGAGUGCACCAACAAACUCUGUCAUGACCUUGAAAGUAUUCCACUUCUGUACUGUAGUUGAUUAUAACAAUCUAUGUGACAAAUAGUGGGGAUUGGAUUGAUAUUAAGUAAAUUCAAUGUUUAAUUAUAAUGUAAAUUUGGUGCUUGGGAUUGACUUUGAAUUAUUUUUUUGUUCUCCAACAUUUGAUGCUUCUACAAGUAUCCAAUUAUUUCCGAUAAGAUAUUUGGUAUCCAAAACACCCUUUUUCAAAAUUUAAAGCAUUUCUUUUGGUAAAUCAAUUUUGAAGCGGAGUGAGAAAGUUUAUCUCACUUUCUUAAUCCCCUGAUUAUUCCAUCGAAAGAAACAUAACAUUCAUUUGCCUAUCUUGGCUGAAUUGAUAUUUCUCAGUGAUCAAGAUAAUUAUGAGGUUGUACGAAAAGUUGGCCGAGGAAAAUAUAGUGAAGUUUUUGAAGGCAUAAAUAUAAACAAAAAUGAACGCUGCAUCAUCAAGAUCCUCAAACCAGUCAAGAAAAAGAAGGUGCAGAAUUAUCACUCACCAAUGCAAAUUAACAUUAUUUAAAUUUUAUAUACGACUUUUUUAUUAUUCCUUUCGUUUUCAGGUCUUGAAAGAUGCACUCUUUCGUGGGAACUUAGUCAUUCUAUUUUCAUUGCAUUUGCAGAUAAAGAGGGAAAUCAAAAUACUUCAGAAUCUUUGUGGAGGCCCAAACAUUGUAAAGCUACUUGAUAUUGUUAGAGAUCAGCAAUCAAAAACUCCUAGCCUGAUAUUUGAAUAUGUUAAUAGCACGGAUUUCAAAGUUUUAUACACCACACUGACAGAUUAUGACAUCCGUUACUACAUCUAUGAGCUUCUUAAGGUAUCUUUUCGAUCCAUUCCCUUGCUAACUUACUGUUUCGGAAAAGUCGUGGGAAACAGUCAUAUUUUAAUCCAUGCCAUUGGGUAAUUUUGCUUGAUGAUUGUGUAGACAUUAAAGUUAUAUCUAUGGACAAAGCAAGAACGAGACUACUUGUGCUUUAUCUAAAUUAUGGUUGGCAUAUUGUCUUGUCAACCUUGGGUUCCCAAUUCCAGGGCCUCCUUUUGGUGGAAAUUUCUUUGUUCAAUAAGUGAAAACGGUAUCUUUUGAUGUAACUACUGGUUGUUUCCUGUAAAUGGUUUGCUUGUACGUGUAUAUUUCUUUUCUUAGUGGUCUGACUAGAUAAUGAUUCACUGCCACCUAACCUUAUAGAGUAUUUUUCAUUAAACCGUUACUGUGGGUGAUUUGAUCCUUUUUGCGGAUUAGGAAAUAAAGACUCCUUAUACUUCCUAACAUUUUAAGAAAUUCUUAUCUUAAGAGCAUCUUCUGUGGAUUGUAUUUUCCCUUAGUGUAGCUGAUGUCAGCAUUGCUAUUCUCACACAUAAAAUAUGUUUCGAUUUCGAUUACACUCUUGAUUAGUUUCAUGAUAGUUGACAGGUGAAUGUUAAGGUCUCCUGUUUUUACUGUCUAAUGGCAGGCCUUGGAUUAUAGCCAUUCUCAAGGAAUAAUGCACCGUGAUGUAAAGCCUCAUAAUGUUAUGAUUGAUCAUGAGAUGCGUAAGCUACGGCUUAUAGACUGGGGUCUGGCUGAGUUUUACCAUCCUGGGAAGGAAUAUAAUGUCCGUGUCGCUUCAAGGUAAUGUGGGCACAUUGCCACCUAGAAAAUCAAGUGCUGAAGAUAAUUUUCAUUAAUAUCUUUGCAUUUUGUCAAUUAGUAUAGCUUUUUUAUCCAGCAACAUUAUUGGGUUAUUUAUGCUAUUUGACUAUCAUAAAUGAUGCUUGAAGAUCAUAUUUUCUGAUUAUCAUGAGAAAAGUGGAACGUGUGACACCUCUAGAAUCAUCCUGGUCUACAGAUGUACAUUUAUACAUACGCUCAAACAUGCAUGCAAAUCAGGCAUUGGGAUGAAGAUAUUUGUCUUUGAUGUUAUCUUUUCCCUCUUCUAGAUAUGAACAAACAUUCGAAUGUUUGACGUCCGGACUGCAAGAGCUCUCUAAACUCACUCUUACUCUGGCAGUCAUUUAUUUGCUAUCGGAAGUUUUCCAUUUUUCGUUUUUCUUUAAGCCGCUAGUUUAAAGUGUCCACUUGAGAGUAGUGUGGACUGAUCGUUUGUAUUUGAAAUGCUUGAAUGGUGAUAAAAUUUUCACCUUUCAUCUGUUUUUGGUUCAAUAAGUCAGGGAGCUUAAUUAGUGAAGUCAUCAGACUCCUGCAUUAUUCCUUAUUUGCUAAUGGUCGGGAUUUCAUAUCUGUGGCUUAAUGAUUAUUGAAAGUAGAGUGCCAUGUUUUUAGAAUUCAGAGUGUUUGAAGAUUGCCUUGGUUUUCCAUUGGCCCCUUGUAAGGAUGCAGGGCUUCUUGAAUAUUUGGGUUUUGAAAUGCUCCUGAGGUUUUCUGAAAAUUAUGUUCAAUCCAACUGCUGGAGUUUUUUUCUCUAUCAAUUUAUUAGGUAUCCUCACCUCGCUACUUUUUUGCUCAGUUGUAGUGUGUGGUACUGGAGAUCCAGAAUUGACAUGGUUGAAACUUUUCUCUCAUCUGCACAAUGCUCUUUCACUUUAUUCAUCGUUUCUAGUGGAGGUUAAUAGCCAUCCCAAUUGGUCUGUUUUGGAGAUGUUCAGGCUAAUAUUUUUGUCAGGUGCUCAUAUAAUUUACGUCGUUUAUUUUAUCGUCCUUACUUUUAUUCUUACCAGAUCUUUCAAGGGACCUGAGCUCCUUGUGGAUUUGCAAGAUUAUGACUACUCUCUGGAUAUGUGGAGUCUUGGUUGCAUGUUUGCUGGCAUGGUCAGCUCAUCUUUUACAUUAAAAUGUUUUUUGUAUCCACUGAGAAAAAUAUUUAUCUGGCUCACUGUUUUCCCCUUUUUAAUAACUAGUUUUUUCAUAUUUCCUAGUCAUUAAUUUACUGCUAUAGGUCCAGGAAGUAUAUGCAGUCAUUUUUUGAGAGCUGCGUUUGCACACAAAUAAUCACUUCCAUGAUACUCAGAGACUAAGCUUCAACAUCAUACUGGCUACUAACGAAUGUCAUUCGCCCUUACCCUUAUUUCCGUUGUCUCUUCCUUUCCAUGUACUGGCGCAUUGUCAAAUUACCAUAGCUUUUCAAUAUAUGGUUUUCAUUCUGAAGCAAUAUGCAAACAGGAUCCUUUUUUUUUUAUUCAUUAAUGAUUAGUUAUUUUUUUCUGAUGGAUUAUGUAUUGUUUAAAAUCUUAAUUGUGCUUUUGUGCGAAUGAUUUCCUAGUGUUUCUGUUUUGGGUUGUAAGUUCUUUGUAUAUUUUCAUUUGCAGAUAUUUCUCAAGGAACCUUUCUUUUAUGGCCAUGACAAUCACGCGCAACUUGUGAAAAUUGUGAAGGUGAUAAUGUUAUUCUGACUUCUUUCUAUAUGGUUUCUUCACCGAUGACUUUCUCUUUUGACUUGAAUCUAACUGUGAAACAUUUUAAACGAAGAGAUGAACCAUUUUCCUUUCAAGGCUACUGUUUUUCCGGCUUAGAGAGUAGUAUGACCAGUGGUAAAAGAUGAUUGAUAAAAAAAUCAGAUGAGAGGUCGAUAUUUCAACACAGUAUCCUGCUAUUUCGUGUCAAUAUUAAAUUAAUAGGUAAUUAUAGGGGGUCAAACCUUCCAAAAAUGGCCUUAUCAUAAUAAGUAUCAGCCAGACGUGCUGACGUAUAAAACUAUAUUUGCAGAGCAGAUAGUCGACAUAUGAAUGGUACCAUCUGAUGGUAUGUCUAAUUUGGCUUAUGGAUUUAGGAUCCAUGUUGGAUAGUGCAAUAAGAGAAGCCUUAUAAUUUUUAAUUCAUGAAAAUUCAUAACCCAUUGAAUCAUGGUAGUGUGAUUACAAUAAAUAAACAUUUAAUUCAAAUUUUGAGGAUCAUAAUUUUGUAUGGAAGGUUCUCUUAGUACAACUUGUAGAAUAUCUUCAAGUGGGGAUCAUUUUUAAAAGUGCCCUUAUCUGAUUCUAGAGGCCUGCCAUUCUCGGAGAAGAUGGUGGUGUGCUAGGAAGCGUGUAUCACUAGUGAGAGGCAGAAUUUGACAGUCGACAGACCUUGUCUAAUCGAAGUGGAAUGGGGGAUGUGGGACUCUUACUGUAUUUUCUGAUCAAGUUACAAGUACCAUUUGGUUUCUUGUUUUUUGAGUGAUGCAGCUGAUUGGCAUCGCACAUCUAGCCACAGUAGCUUGAACCCUUGCUAGGAAUGCUAUUCUUACGAGUAUUCUUCUGUUAGUUGGAUUAAUAUUUUUACUCUUUGUAAGAAAAAAGGGGUAUGCUCAGAGUUAUGAAUGCAUAUUGUUUUAAAAAAUGAAUUAGUUAGAUAUUCUUCUAGCAAGGUUCCAUGUGUUCAACGUUACUUACACUUUUCUAUAGGAAAAGUAAAUACUCAUUAUAUCAGUAAAAUUCUCUUAAAGUUGGUAUUUAUUUAUUCUUUCAGGUUCUUGGCACAGAUGACCUGUACUCUUACUUGAAUAAAUAUCGUUUGAAGCUCGAUCAUCACCUGGAGGCCCUCGUUGGGAGGUAUACGUUAUUAGCAAUGCAGCUACAUUACUUUGAAAAAGGGGGACUUUUGUUGCUUUGUGCGUAAUUUUGAAUCUUUUCUUCUAUAUGAUGAUUGUCAAUGGCGUUGUUUGACAUCAUCAUAAUUGUAGCAUGAUUCAAUGGGGUUGUCUUAGUUCAAUAAAGGAUUCAAGGAUUUGAAUAUUCUCUGCAUCUGGCUACUCUUCCUGAGUAUCAAAACCCACCCUCCACAAGUGACAUGAACAAAUCUGUAGUUCCCAUUUGACUAGAUAUUGGGUAGAAAACUGCAUUUUUCGAUGGAAGAACCGGUAAUUGCUUAGACGAAGUCCAGACAGAGGACGAUGGACUCAAAUUGAAGAUUUUGUGAUCUUAUCUUAUGCAUAACACUUCCGUGAAGAUAAUGAUAAUGUUUUGUUUUCCUGCAGGCACCGUAGGAAACCUUGGUCCAAAUUCAUCAAUGUAGAAAAUCGACACUUGGUUUUUUCAGAGGUGAUUUGUUUCUGUGUCCCUCGAGUUUCUGAUGAGUCAAUUCUUUAAAUGAGUUCCAAUUACUGAUGCAGGCCAUAGAUUUUCUAGACAAGCUUCUUCGUUAUGAUCACCAGGACCGGCUUACUGCAAGAGAAGCAAUGGUAAAUUUCUGGAUUUUUUAUGUUUCGUCAUGUGGGGGUGGUUGCGAUAUUUUAUUUUUCUACAGAGUAAUCUGUUAAUAUCCCCGAGUGGCGAAAUAUAUUAUGAUAGAUAACCUUAAAGGAACGCUCCGAUUUUGCUUUUAGUGGAACGAUCGUGAUGGAUCAAGGGUUAGACGCUUCUCAAUUUUAUUGCUUCAUAUGCAAAUUAAUACCAUCCUGGUAGAAUCUGUGGUCAUCACCUGAAACUCGAAGAGCUACGAAGGAAUGGAAAUCCCAAGAAAGUCAAUUUACAUGCUUGCUGGAUCAUUACCUUCUUCUGCUGGUGCUUGAAUGAUGAUGUUCCAGGAUAUCUUGAUACAUUGAUCGAAAUGGUGGCUCAUUGGACUGGACUAGGAAACGCUCUCGCUCCAUAUCCUGUGGUCUAUCUGGGUCCUUCUAUAGCGUGCUGAUCUUUCGUCUCCUAUAUUUCCAGGCGCACCCGUAUUUCUUUCAGGUGAGAGCUGCAGAGAAUAUUAGGAACCGCAUCCAGUGA